CGGCAAACAAUUGCGCUUCGCAACCUCCUUGCAACAAUGCCUCCUCCACGACUGUUAUCCCCUCUUCUGCGCCCUCGCACUCAGCCCUCUUUCCAAUGCCUCCGAAAAGGAUACCCACUCCGCCCUGCUUCUACCUCGACCGUACAACCCUCCGCACCAACCGUGCCCUGGAAAACUCCGCAUAGCAUAACAUCAUGGCCCCCAGAGCCACUUAUUCCUCCUCCGAAAGAAGGCGAGAUCCUGCUAGAGAGACGGCCGAACCGGGAUCUACCACCCAUGCCACCUCUAAUCCCUAAACAAGUCCGCAACACGCUCCCCAUCUUCAUCGUCUCCAUGGCCGCCGCCAUCUUCGCCUUCUUCAACUACCAGAAGCAAGAAUCCUCCGUCGUGACAUCCACGCUCUACGCUCUACGCACGAACCCCGCCGUGCGCGCCGAGCUCGGCGACGAGAUAUACUUCGCUUCCAAAUACCCGUGGAUUAAGGGCGAGAUAAAUCAAGUGCACGGGAGGAUUGAUAUCAAGUUUUGGGUCAAGGGGACGAAGAGGCAAGGGGAGGUCAGACUAAGGUGUAAGAGGAGAGGCAGGGGAGGGUAUUUUGUGACCCAGGAGUGGAGUUUGACGUUGGAGAAUGGGACGUUGAUGCAGCUAUAUGAUCCGGAGGGGAAUGCGGUGGAUCCGUUUCAGGAUCCGUUGGGGGAGUGAGAGCAGGAGCGGAAUGAGUCAGCUUGGAAGAAGCGUGUAUGAUAUGGUGACUGGUUUGGAAAGGAGCUGGAUUCAGUAAGGAAUCGAAGCAUCCUGUGAACAGAGGAGCAGAUCCCUCAUGUUAGAUGGACGGCCCGCGCUCUGGGUGACUUGUAUAACAUGUAUCUACACUUGUACACUGAGGUCGAGCAGAGCUUAUCUAAGUGAAAAUGCUGUGAUGGGGUACUGAUUAUGGGUUCGGGGAGCAUUCGGCAAGGAACAGCAAUCCAAGCCUCGG